AAGCAAACGUGUAUGAAUCUUGUCGCCUGUAGCGCGUGCGACAGCGGCAGCCAUAGUCCAUACUGCACAGGGUUUUGUGAGGCAACAGACAUGUCGGCGGAUUUCGCCGAAAUUUUAAUAGCAGAAGUUAGUAAGAGGCGCUGUUUAUGGGAUAUAAGACAGAAAAACUACCACAAUAGAUUCAUAUGUGACCAAGAAUGGGCGGCUGUGGCCAAUGCAGUGGGCUCAACAAAAGACUAUGCCAAAAACAGAUGGAAAUCCCUGAGAGACUGUUUCCGAAGAGAACUGAAGAAGAAACCAAUAUCAUCAUCAGGUGCUGCAGCUAAUGCACGGAGUAGCAAGUGGUGUUAUUUCCAGGCAUUAAUGUUUCUGAAGGACAUAAUGACACCAAGAGAGGCUGGAACAAAUGUGGCACUUGAAUGCCAACAAUCACUGUCAUCAAAUAGUGACAGUGACACUGAAGUGCCAGAAACUGAUCUUGGUGAAAGUAUAGUCUUCGAUGGCAAUGUUGAUUGUGUUGUGACCGAGCAGUUCCUGCCCAGCAUAGGAGACCAUAACUCUCUGGCUGCCACAUCACCACUUCCAUCGUCACUGACACAGUCAGCAAAGAGAAGACACUCUGCUAGUUUUGAGAGAGAACUGCUCGAAAUGGAAGCGAAAAAGAUCAAAAUUUUGGAGUCUCAAGCCGAAUGUGAGGACAGAAAGUUUUUGUUGUCAUUGGUACCUUAUUUUAAGCAAAUUGAACCACUACAAAAAUUAGAAGCAAUGGGGCAAAUAAUUGAUGUACUGAGAAGCAAAAUUUCAAAUAAAACUUAAUA